GUCUCUAUUACGAUUUGGAUUGGUAAAAAACAAAAUAGAUCUUAUAUUCCAGAAGAUAAUAUUCCAUAACACAAACAAUGCAUUGGGUUCAGUCCAAAUUCAAUGCCACAUAUACAGAUCACGCAACAUUUUAUCAAAGGUGCGUACUGUAUGCAUGGAUGAUUUUUACAACGAGAACACCGGUACAUGUGGUGUGUUGAUGCAAAACUAUUACUAGAUUCUACAGUGUGCAGGGCGGGUGAAGACGUAACCAAUUUAACGCGCAUAGAUCUCACUUGUAACUGAACACGUACGGUAAAAAUCCUCGCAGUACCGGCUGCAGCUAACCUCACAGGUGCAACCGAAAACACAAAGGGAAAAAACCCACAAAUCCUCCGUUUUUUAUGCGCACCCACCCCGGCAUUUGCCUCCUUCCAUGCAUGCACGCACCGACCCAGUCAGUCCCAACUCUCCAACGCGUCUUCCCCUCGAUAAAUAAAAAGUCGCCUCCCUCUCGUCUCCUCCACCACAACCACCACCGCGAGAGGUCACAGAUCCACAAGAGAAAAGAAAACACACGUACAUCGAGAUAUGACAACAAUGGCGGCGAGGAGGUCAGAAGCAGCACCGGCUCCGCAGCAGCUGCGGGGGAGCCAGCUGAAGCAGCUCCGGGAGCUGUUCCGGCGGUUCGACAUGAACGGCGACGGCAGCCUGACGCAGCUGGAGCUGGCGGCGCUGCUGCGGUCGCUGGGGCUGCGCCCCACGGGCGACGAGGUGCACGCGCUGCUCGCCGGGAUGGACGCCAACGGCAACGGGUCGGUGGAGUUCGACGAGCUGGCGGCGGCGAUCGCGCCGGUGCUCACCACGCAGACGCACCUGGUGGACCAGGCGCAGCUGCUCGAGGUGUUCCGGGCGUUCGACCGCGACGGCAACGGCUUCAUCUCCGCCGCCGAGCUCGCCCGCUCCAUGGCGCGCCUCGGCCAGCCGCUCACCUUCGAGGAGCUCACGCGGAUGAUGCGCGACGCCGACACCGACGGCGACGGGGUCAUCAGCUUCAAGGAGUUCGCCGCCGUCAUGGCCAAGUCCGCGCUUGACUUCCUCGGCGUCGCCUGACCGACCUAACCACGCAACCAACCUUGCCCGCGUCUCUAGCUUAGCUGUUGAUUCUUCUUCCAUUUUUAGGACACAACGACUAAGUUUUUCUAGCGUAGCUAUGACCAUGUGUAACGCCUAAAUGUGUACAAAUUUUGAUGAAUUAAUUUCUUCACCAUCUUGUUCGUACGUUUCACCAUUUGUAAAUCUGAAACAAAUUUUGAUCAGCUGGUGUUGCGUGUACGUGCGCAGGUUAAUUGCA